AUGUCUUACAUGGGCAUGCAACUGGCAUGCUAUGCCGCAUCGCACAUGAAGAAUUAUCCAAGGACUGGCACAAAACCAAAGACGAGUGAGCAGGAAAAUACUAAUGAAUAUUUCGACAAUCAAAACAUGGAACGAAAGUACUUAUUCCAUGUCUUUGAGGACCAUGCACCUAGUGCAAUUCAGUCUCUCGACUCUUCGGUCAUCUUAUCGUGCGACCAUAUUUCCAACCUCAAAUGGUCGUUCAACCAAGUCCACUUCACAGCCGCAGCUUCUGCUGUCUUCCUACUCUUAGCUCUUGUUCGAGCUUACUAUCUUCACGGAUCUAGCAUCAAAGUCAAGCGCAAUUCGUUAGGCGCUCUCAAGUUGGUGACGACUACUAUCCUUUUGGGACUUAAAAUCGCUAUUCUCAUCCUGAUAUCUAUUCACCAUGCUACUCCUACAUGGCUCAUCUCUGCGUCGCUUGCUGUUGCUGAAAUUCUUGCAAUAUGCUAUCUCUCGCAUCAAGAGCACAAGAGGUCCAUUCGUCCCUCGGCCCUUCUCAUUAUAUACUUACUUGUUUCAAUAUUCUGCGAAGCAGCACAUAUAAGGGUAUUCACAAGUAAAGACAUAAUUACAACUGCAACGGCUCUGUAUGCUGCUGCUCUGGGAAUGAAGAUUCUGCUCUUGAUUUUGGAAUCAACCAGCAAAGCUUCGUUUUUGCGACCGCCAUUCAAUCAACUCUCUCCGGAAUCCACAGCAGGAAUAUUCAAUCAAUUGUUAUUUUGGUGGGUCAAUCCUGUCCUCAUGCAGGGCUACCAAAACAUUUUGGUAAUUGAAGACCUGCCUAAUCUCAAUGAUGCGCUCGGAACAGCGCACGUGCGCGAUGCGAUGCAGCAAUCAUGGGAUACUAGACCUCAACCUGACAAUAAAUGGACUCUCCUGCUUACUAUACUGAGAUGCCUUCGGUGGCCGCUAUCAGCAGUUAUCAUUCCACAUCUAUGUCUCAUUGGAUUCAAGUUCUCCUCACCUUCUCUCAUCAGCAGUGCAAUACGAUAUGUUAACGAGCCGGCGACCGAAAUCUCCGAUCAAAACACGGGACAAGUUCUGAUCAUUGCAGCGAUAUUGAUUUAUACUGGCAUCGCUCUUUGUACCGCCUCAUAUAAGUAUCUUCUCAACCGUGUGUCAACAAUGUUGAGAGGUGGCAUGGUCAGCUUGAUCUACAAUCAUAGUUUAUUAUUGCAAGAUGGAAAGACAGUUGACUCUGCACCAGUGACGUUGAUGAGUACCGAUGUUGACACCGUUGCUGAUGCGAUCACCAAUGUCCACGAAAUAUGGGGACAGGUUGUGGAAGUCGUCAUUGGGUUCUCUCUGCUAACAGUGAAACUUGGCUGGGCGUCCCUUGUACCAUUCGUCAUUGUCCUGAUUUCAUACAAAAUCACUGGCCCCGUAGCGACAGAGAUUCGCGCUCGGCAAAAGGUUUACAUGGCAGCAACACAGAAGAGAGUUGCAAUGACUUCUUCGAUGUUAGGAACAAUUAAAGUCCUAAAGAUGAUGGGGCUCUCUGAUACAGUUCAAGAUAGCCUCCAGUCCCAACGUUUACUGGAGAUCCAGCUCCAAAAGAGGUUUCGAUGGGUGUUCGUGGCAUUGAAUCUAAUCGGAAACGGUGUUCCUAUAAUCACUCCCGCGGCGACUUUCAUUGUUUAUGCUAUAGUGGCAACAAUAAGAGGGUCUGAUCCUCUGGACACGAACUUGGCAUUUACUUCCAUGGCCAUCAUCUCACUAGCCUCUUUGCCAGCUGCCAGACUUAUCACGAUUGUUCCAGGUCUCGCAGCCGCAUUAGCCUGCCUCGACCGGAUUCAAACCUUCCUUCUCGACCCCUCACGAGACGAUGAACGUUUCGUAGUGGAAAAGAGCCAAGGUCCGAACAAAGCUAUAUACAGAGACGAUUCUAGUUCGCCUUCACAGGAACCGCUCAUUGACAUUGAACCGUCCCUCUCCAUUGAUCAAUUUACUGUCAAACCGUCACCGGAGGCUCAGGCUGCGCUCGUAGAUAUCAAUAUAGAAGUCGAAAGUUCAACUGUUACCAUGAUAGCAGGGCCCGUCGGAUCUGGCAAGACAACUUUGCUAAAGGCAAUCCUUGGAGAACUUCCUUUCACGGGCAACAUCACAAUUUCUACCGGACAUAUUGCCUACUGCGCGCAAACCCCAUGGAUGCAAAACGGGAGCAUUCGACAGAAUAUUACCGGUUUCUCCAACGCCUUGGAGAUUGAUGAACACUGGUUUCGCACUGUUGCCCAUGCCUGUGCGCUAGAUGAGGACAUGUCUCUGUUACCUGACGGAGCUGAUACUCUCAUCGGGUCUCGAGGAGUGACUUUGUCAGGCGGGCAGAAGCACCGUGUAGCAUUGGCCAGGGCAGUCUAUCAACGAUUCGAGAUCGUGCUGCUCGAUGAUGUGCUAAGUGCUUUGGACUCCAAUACAGAAGCUCAGGUUGUGAGCAGGCUUUUGACUCCGACUGGGCUGUUCAGGAAGCUUGGCACGACUAUCGUCUUGGCCACUCAUUCGACUCAUCACUUUCAUCUUGCAGAUCAGAUUGUAGUGCUUGGUAGCGGUGGCAGAGUUGCAGAACGUGGAACAUACGAUGCGUUAAGAUCCGAAGAAGGGUAUAUCGGCAGUCUUCUGCUAGAAUCGGCCAAAACUUCUGAGCAAUCCAGUCCACCUCAGACCGAUGCCAUCACCAAAACUCUGCAGAGUUCUACCCCACCAGUUUUUGUCGAUCAAACCAGAAAGACAGGUGACAUGGCGGUGUAUGCGUAUUGGUUCAAAAACACCAAUCCAUGGAACAUCGUUAGCUUCCUUCUAUCAGCUGCUUGCUACUCGGGGUUCAAGUCUUUUUCUCAAUUUUGGCUGAAAUGGUGGGCUGAGGAUGGAACCCACAUGGGACGUUAUGCAAGCGUUUAUGCCACCCUCUCAAUCGUGACGCUCUUGUUCGAAUCAAUUACAAUAGCUUGGGUGUUGCUCCGUAUCGGCCCUCAAGUCAGCGAGAAACUACACCACACUCUCCUAGGGGUUGUCAUGCGAGCUCCAAUCUCGUUCUUCGCAACUGUCGAUACAGGUGUCACCUUGUCCCGCUUCAGUCAAGACAUGAACCUCAUCGACAGGAUCCUUCCUGGCUCUGCAAUGAACAUUGGGAUCCGCGUGUUUAGGUUAAUUGCGCAAGGAUUUCUUCUGUUCUCAGCCCAGGCAUACAUGACGACCACGAUCCCAGUGUGCAUCAUUGCUGUCUACAUUCUUCAGAGGGUAUAUCUUUCAACUUCUAGGCAAGUACGGUUGUUAGGGCUGGAGUCCAGAGCCCCAUUGUAUUCUCAAUUCAUGGAGACGCUAGAAGGCCUAGCAACUAUCCGGGCUUUUGGUUGGGAACAUAGAUUGGUUGCCACCAACACCGAACGCUUAGACGUAUCGCAACGUCCAUACUAUCUCAUGUUCUGCAUUCAGCGUUGGUUGAAUCUCGUCUUGGAUCUUCUUGUCGCCGGUCUGGCGGUCUUGGUGAUCACCCUCGCUGUCAAACUUCGAAGUACGACCACCGGAGGACAGGUUGGCAUUGCGUUGAAUGCGGUGAUGAAUUUCAAUCAAUUAUUGUUGAGAUUAGUAGAAAACUGGACUCAAGUCGAAACUUCUUUAGGCGCAAUCUCGAGGCUGAAGAAUUUCGAAAUUGAGGUUGUGUCCGAGGACAAACCUGAAGAAAAUGUGAUUCCUCCCGAGUCAUGGCCAGAAAGUGGAGCAAUUGAGUUCAGAAAUGUUUGCGCAUCUUACGGCUCCAGCAUACUAGCCCUGCGUGAUGUUUCGAUGAAGAUUCUACCUGGGCAGAAAGUUGGCAUUUGUGGCAGGACGGGCAGUGGAAAAAGCUCCCUCCUUUCUACAUUACUUCGUUUUUUAGAUCUCGAUUCUGGAACUAUCAUCAUUGACGGCUACGACACUAGAUUCGUCCCUCGAAAUUUGAUCCGAACUCGGCUGACAGCUAUUCCGCAAGAUCCGUUCAUUAUGAACUCAAGUAUCCGAGCCAACAUCGAUCAUUCCCUCUUGAUUCCUGAUACUCAACUCAUCGCUACCCUCGAAAAAGUUGACCUCUGGUCUGUGAUCGAAGCUCGUGGCGGACUUGACGCAGUUGCAACCGCUCAACCAUUGUCUCAAGGUCAACAACAGCUCUUCUGCCUUGCUAGGGCGAUGUUGAGCAAGACCAGUAUUCUCAUCUUAGACGAAGCGACUAGUAGUGUGGACAUGGAGACUGAGAAGAAAAUCAGGAAAGUUGUAGAGGAAGAGUUUCAAGGAAGAACAGUGAUUACCGUGGCUCAUCGAAUUGAGGCAAUCCUGGAUGGCGACAUAGUUGCAGUCCUAGAUGCAGGACAGUUGGUAGAGUUCGGAAGUCCAGAGGCCUUGUUGCAGAACAAAGGGCCUUUUUGGGCUUUGAAAACUGGCGGCAUGAGUUGAUGAUCUAAAUACUCCACUUUUAUGACGCCAGCGCGGAGACUUCGAAGCAGUCUAGAUGAGACUUAUUGCGGUGUUUGGGACAAAAGGAUAAUCGAGAUUAUCUAACGAUUCUAUAUUCAUGCUUG